UAAAAUAUUGAGCAAAACAAAGACAGACACAUAGGAAAUAAAUCUAAGAGGAGUGAUGACAGGUGGGAAGAUUCGUUGCAUGUUGCUAGCUCAUUACUCUUCUAAUUUAGCCCAACCGUUGAACCCUUCUCUGCAACUCCUCCUCAUUCCAAUUCAACCUCAUUUCUCAGAAACAACUAACCUUGGAGAGAGAAAAUACAACACAUUAUUUCUUUUUUCAAACCUAACUCUAUCUCUUUCUCUUUCUCUCCACUCUGUCUCUUAAAACGACCCCUUUUUUUUAGCGUUUUAGGGUCUCUAAACACCAAAACCCUAGAUACUUUCAUUCUUACAUUAACAACUGUCAAUUAACGAUUUUGAUCCUUACCCUUUUCAAUUUAAAGGUUCAAUUUCAUUAUUAUUCGAAAAUCCCCUUUGGAUUUCAUCCAGGGGGGGUAGAUGUGGAAAAACCCCCUUUCUGUAUCUACAAACCCUAAUAACAAUAAUUCAUAUUGAAUAUACAAUUUGAUCUUUGUUCUUCAAUGGAUUCAACUUUUUCGCCUUUGGGUAUUUUGAUUUUCAGUAUUUCUCUUAGUUUUUAUGCUUUUGUUGUUCAAUCUCAGUUACAAGAUGCAAAUGGUUCUCAAUUUCAACAACCGCCUUUUAUGGUUUCUCCUCCACCGCCACCUCCGCCACCACCACCACCUCCGCCGCCAUUUACUCCACCAUCUCCUAUGGCUCCCGGUUCCCCUAACCCGCCUGGAUUGCCGCUGCAGAAUCCUCCUCAAAAUCAGAUAAGGAAUCGCACCGGCUCGGGGCAUCACCGGCGCCAGCGUCAACAUCAUGUUCAUUUGCCGCCUCCUCCGCCGCCACAUCGGAUGAAUGCUGGAAAAAAAGUGGGGCUUUUGUUUGUGGGCAUUGCGGCAUUUAUGCAGGUUGGUUUUGUUGGGUUCUUGGUAAUCAAAAGAAGACAACUUUUGAAGAACAGUGAUGAUGACAGAUAUGAAAAUUGUUCUUGAUAAAUGAUAAAAUUUCUUCACUUUUUUCAUAUAAAUUCUUUUUUUUUUUUUACUAAAGAGAAAUUAUUGGGUUGAAAUUCUUUGUUGGGGGGAUAAAGACUGAUGCAAUUCUGCAGUAGGGAAAUUGAAAUGUAUGAAUUUGUGGAACAAUUGUUACUCUUUGUAUAUUUGGAAUUGUUAGUUUACAUUUCCCUUGCACUUUUUAGUUAACAUUACAUAACAUUGUUUGGGUUAUAAUGAAAAACAUAAGAAACCCUUUUGUACUUCUUUGUUGAUGUUGUUUUGUUGAUGCUCCAACAUGUUUGAUGUACAAUGAUGAUGUUAGGAAUAUUUGAUGGAUUGACUAUAUACUAUAAUCUUAGUUGUUGGUACUUUUUGUUUUUUGUCUGCCAA